AUGGCUCAAUGGGAACGAUUGCUUGCCAUCAAUGAUGCGUACAUAAAUGGGCUACCAUGGAGAGCGAGAUAUCUCGCUGAGUUGAUGAUCCGUGACUAUGGCACUCAUGUGAUCACGAGGACCGAAUUGGGGGCUGUGAUCGAGCAGGAGGACUAUGUCGAGUCGAAUAUCCGCGAGCAUCAGGAGAUUCGUUUCUCGGAGGUGCGCGCGGCUGCAUCGGCGAGUUUCCUCUCGAAUGUCGGCGUGUUCUCGGGUGGAAUCUCCUACUCCACUCAAACCUACACGAAAUCGAAGGAACACUUCGAGAACUCGUUGAAACACACACAGAUCAAGAGCCGCGGUGGGCCGAAUGUGAAUCGAUUGUUUAGCGUCGAGCCGGGCAGCAACACGAGCCAUCUGCUCGUUGACGAUCUCGUGGUAAUCGAUCGGUCCGGAAUCCCACUGUUCACGAUGAUCAACGAGCAAACGAUGAGGGGAUAUGAUCACGCGACGAUCACACGGAUCAGCAAUGCAAUCCGAAACGCUACUGAGACCUACUAUCGGAUGAACAAGAUUCAAGGAUGCAUGGAUCCGAGGGCACAGAAUUUCGAUCUAAGGGCCAACGUGAAUGGCAGUUGCAUUGCUUCUUAUCACAAUGAUACGAUUGGUGGAGUCUAUCAAAAGUGCUCAAUCGUGGCUGCACAUGAAGGGGACGAAUAUGUGGCCGGUUUCUACCCGCAUGAACAACAGUCUUUGUGUGCGAAUUUCACCCAGAAAAACGGAGCCACCGGCGACUUUAGCUGUCCUGAUUUUCACGAAACUAUUGAGUUGUUCCAUGGAAAUAUCGGAAUUCCCCACCUCGAGAUACCAUAUUGUUGGCAGAAGUGCAGCACCUUUAACGGGGGUAUCUUCACGAAAAAACAUACUAUUGCCGAGCGAAACCGUCUCUUCCGACAGGGACAAGUCAAUCUAUUCACCGGAUCGGCCGCUUGUCCAGGAUACUAUCAAGAGUACCGGGUUUUCCGUGACACAAUCGUGUGUCUGAGCCGAAACUAUCAGGCCGAUUCGAUCUAUGAGAUCAAACUCGAUCGCUUCUUCUCCUGUCAACAACCAAGAGAAGAUCAGAGAUGCGGGAGGGAUAUACCCAGCAUAUGGUCACCACAGAGAAUGGAUGCGACGUUUUCUUUUGUG